ACACUUUGCUCCAGUCUGCAGUAGAGAAGGGGCCUAAUUUUGCUCCCUUGGCUAAUGAGCUUAGCCCAUGCUGAGCAGCUUUUAGACCUGCAGGUUGUUGUUAUUGCGGGCACCGGUUAGUCCACAUUGGUUGGUGAGAGGAGCCAGAGCAGAGGAGUGAAUCUGAGAAGAGGUGUAGUGCAGCAAAAGCUUGAGCACUCCUCUGUUUGCCUGUCAGGACCACCACUGCUUAUGCUGGUACUGCGGCUGGGACAUCUUUCUCUCUCCCCCUCCCUCCCUCCCUCUAUCCUGCUUCUCUCUAAUACUACCUGACUCGCCUCUCCCUCCCUCUCUGCCUGUCCCGGAGCACUGACGGAAUACUUUUGUAGUCGCAUCACUUCUCGGUCAGCUGUUCUGUCUUCCCGUGUCUUUCACUUCUUUUCUGUCUUAAACUCUCACCUGACUCUGUUGCCAAAAUGUACCGGAAUCCAUGGAUCUCGAAUUACCUGAGUCACGUCAAGUUCUGCAGCCAAGGAAUUGGGAGUGAGAACCCCAUUAAACUAAGCAAUCCCAGAUUGCUACAGAAGAGAGCAUUGAGCUUCCAGAAAGAAUUCUCCUGUGACGAAAAGGACGACCCAGCCAAAAGCGCCAAGGAUAUAGAUGUUAGUCUCUUGGCCAAUCUCCCCAAAGUCUCUGAAUUGAGGAAACUAUUUGAGGGCAUUACCACAAGCACAAGUGACUUGGAAAUGAACAGAAAGGAGCGCAUUGCUCGGCGCUUGGAGGGUAUAGAGGGUGAAGUACAUCCGUCUCUGCUGCCUACCUUGGUGGCCAACCGGCUUCUGGAGGAGGACACUCCACGAUACACUAGGGCCUCUGACCCCUGUGCUGUUACCGUUCAGCGUUAUGGCAUGGAGGGAUUUGAAAGCCCAGAAAUGCAGUUGAUGGCUCCAGAGCGCCAGUCCAGAGCUCGAUGCAGGCCUGAGCCUCAGUCCUUCAUCCACACUGAGCCAGUUCACAUUUCGGGUCCGACCAAAGGUGUUCCUGAGUUGGAGUCCAAGGCUGAACGCAUCGCCCGCUACAAGGCAGAGCGGCGCCGGCAGCUGGCCGAACGCUACGGCAUCUCUUUGGAUCAGGAACCCGACUUGGACCAUCACUCCCGCUACCCCCGCUCUCACAAAGACUCGGACUGCUCAGAGAGACGUAAUAGAGGGGAGCUGGUGGGAGAGGAAGGCAGAGAUAUCACCCUAAGUGCUUACACCAGUACCUUAGCUACUAGCCCAAGGGCAGGCCGUUCAGCUCCGCCACACGGCUACCCGGACCCAGGCUGUGAUAUUGGUCACACCAGGGUGGAGUUGUUCUCAGAGAGGGAGAGGCUGAUGAACCUGGAGAAUCAGCGCAGGGCCGCUCCGCCUGAGCCUCCAUCCUCCUCUUCAUACAUGGAUGUGACAUCAUCGUCCUCCUCUGCUAAGGUGCCUGCAAAAGACUACACAGUGACUGGCAUACCACCCAGUUCACCCAAGCAAGGCAGGCACCCCUCCCUCUCCUCGCCUAAACAUGGUGCGUCUCCUGGUGACCUAUUCAUUGAGCAGCAGGCCCAGAACGUCCUCAGUAGACAGGGUGCAAAGACGAAACUUAGUACUGAUUGGUUCCUCCAGACUGAUGCUGAAGGCGACACCCACUCCCUCAUCAACUGGCCUUCAAGAAUCAGAGUUAGGGAGAGGCUUGUCAGGGAGGAGGGCCGCCAGAAGAGCCCAGAGUUCGGAAAUGUUACAGAAGGCCUAGUGUACCGCAGACAAUUUCAGCACCAGCCCCAGGCUUCUACACGCUACCACGCAGACCCACUAGGCCCACAGCAGGCCUACUCCCACCAUCAUCCACAAGUUCAGCACAGCCAGUCUGGUCCACAGGGAGGGCAAGAAGUUGGCAAUUACCCCAGUUAUUUGUCCAUGACCUCUGGUUCUACAUCCAGAACUGGGCAGCAGCAACAGCAGGUGGAAGAGGAAGAAGCUGGUGAGGCUGAGGCGGUCAAGACAGAGGGCCUUCUGAGGAGCAGAAAAGCAGUCUUGCCUUCACAGAUCCGGCGCAGAGAGAGGAGCACUGAAGACCCAUGGAGAGGGCGAGGUGAGGAGGAGCUGGUCGUGUACAGGAUGCAAAGAGAGGCUGAAGCAGAGGAACCUGUUAGAGGGGGACUUGGAGGCAGACCUAGACGGGAGGAAGCAGAGUAUACCUCCUGUCUGCAGGCGGCGGAGCGCCGACCCAGAGAGCGGGAAAACGCUGAUCGUGCCCACAAAAGACCGGCUGCGACCCACAUUGAGCCCAGAACAUCUCACACAGGGCCAGGAAGUUCCAGCUCCACCACAGCUCUGAGUCGAUCCAUGUCUGAUGCUGGAAAUCAGCGAGGACCCAAUCAGAGGACCUUGCAACACCAAACCAAGGAACCCCAGGAGGUCAGAGAAGGAGAAAGUUUGAGUAAUGGAGAGAGUCACCAGGACACCAGGGUGUCUGUCGCACAGCUCAGACAUUCCUACAUGGAGAGCACCACCACUCCUCCAACCAGCCGCAGGAAUGAGCUUGAAAUGGAGGAGUGCAGGGCACUGACGGGCUACGAGGCCCCAUGGAGAGGGGAAAGGGACAGGGGGCGCAGGCCCCGGCAGUAUAUCUAUCCUGGGGAGAGUAGAAAGACCUCUGAGAGGUUUAGGACACAGCCCAUCACUUCUGCUGAGCGCCAUGAAACUGAUAGGUCUUGUGUGAGUUCAGACUUUGCUUCUACUGAAGCUGAUGAAGAGAAGCUAGAUGAACGGGCCAAGCUGAGCGUCGCAGCUAAGCGCUCUCUCUUCAGGGAACUGGAGAAGAGCGUCGAUGGCGGAGCUCCUAAACUGCGGUCCAGGAAUGCUGCUGUGGACAGGAGACUAAGACGGACACAAGAUCGAUCCAGAACUCAGCCGGUCACAACUGAGGAAGUAGUCAUCGCAGCCACCGCCCCAUCUCACGUGCCACAAAUGGUGUCCGCUCACGCUGCCGUAGCACGCGUCCCUAGCCCCACCCUAGUUUACAGCACUGUCCCACCAUACAGCCUGCAGGCAUCCUCACAGCAAAGUGCUGUUGCCCAUGAGCAAGUGAGGGAGGCCCGGCAGGCGCAGGAUACCAAGGAGAUCCGGGGCCCGACGCAGACGUCUUCACUAAAAGAAAAAGAUACAAAGCAGAGCGAGACUCAGGAGGAGCCUGACCUCUGCACCCUCAGCCUGGCUGAAAAGAUGGCGCUGUUCAACCGGCUGGCUCAGCCCCCAACCAGGGUCACCCACACAAGAGGGGACACGCGGCAGCGGAGGGCCAACGCUCGCUACCAGACACAGCCCAUCACACUGGGAGAUAUGGAACAGGAGCUCUCAGACGUAGACCACAGUGAUGAGCAGGAGCUGUGUGACAGUCUGGUAGAAGACCUACAACUUCAAAACGGCACAGGCUCUCGGUUUGGACACCACCUAUCUUCCUCAUCUUCCUCUGCACUCAGAGCAGGCGGGACGGUGUCCAGUGACCACGCCGGAGACAUCCACAUAUCCACUGCAGCCUGCGUGGAGCCCACCUAUCCCAGCUCUGACAGGUCUCUACCCCCUCGCCAACCAGACGGUCCAGUCGGGGGGUCCCAGGGAUCCUCAGAUCACCAUAGGCAUCACAUUUUGCCCCAAGGGGAAGACCAGAUUGAUCUGGGAGGGGGGAAGAGGAAGUUGCCGUCUCCUGAGAGAGCAGCCAGGCAGACAGCACUGCCCCAGCCCCAGAGUGGAAGAGAAAGGAGAGAAGAGGAGGAAGAAGCAGAGGAGGAGCAGCUGCAGCAGCGGCCGGACAGUGCGAUAGAAGAGGAAGUGCUGUGGAGCUCAGAGAGCCACAGGCUCCAGGACAGCCAGGAGCAAAGCCAGAGGAGCAGGGCCACCAGCGGAGACCUGCUGGAAUCAACUGUGGUAACAUCCAGAGCAACAUCUGGCUUCCCCGAAGCAGCAGACCCGCACACAGACAGCAACGCACACCCAGCUGACCCGGUUCAACCUGAGCAGGGAGACGAACUGAGCGACAGGAUGAUGGCCCGACACAUGUCCAUCAGAGAGAGAGUCGCCUUGUUAAAGAAGAGUGGCGAGGAGGACUGGAGGAACAGGAUCAAUAAGAAGCAGGAUGUGGUGAAGAUUGCUGCAGCAGAGCAGAAUGCUCAACUCUGGGAGGUGGAGCAGAGCUUCAAGAAGAAGGAUGAUGAAGCGAUGAUGAUGAUGAUUGACGAGUUUGCUGUGUCCGACCAGCUUUGGGAGCCAGUGUUUGCUGCUACUUUCUCUACUCCUCCUGAGCCUCCUUACAAUGCAACCGAAUCAGCCAGCCAGGCCAUCAGAUCUCGCAGACCCGUGCAGGUGGAUGAAAAACACCCCUGGAGACGAAAGAGGUUAGCAGAGGCAGAGAUGGAGUCUCAGAGCAUCGAGGCUCACAUGUCCAUUGAGGAGAGGAAGCAGCUGAUCGUGGCCCGAGAGGAAUCCUGGAAGUCCAAAGGCCACGGAGCUGCCAACGACUCGACCCAGUUCACUGUGGCUGCACGCAUGGUGAAGAAAGGUCUGGCCUCCCCUGCUGCUCUUCAGAAUCCUGUGCCGUCCAAACCCAAGAAUGGCAGCAUUGCCAUCUCUAAACCACAGGAUGAAAUCAAGGCCAUGCCAGAUCUGAACCUGGAGUCAGACAUGAAGCUGGAUAAAUUGGAGUCAUUCCUGGGCAAGCUCAACAAUAAAAUGUCUGGACUGCCAGAAGCAACCAUCACAGUGACGGAAAAGAAGGUAAAGGAAGUGAUGACCCUCGAAGACGAAACUUUUUCCAAGUUCUACCGCCAAGUGGAGGAACUUCCUUCCGUCACCAACAAGCUGGAGAUGGAUGACGACUUUGAUGCCAUCUUCGGUCCCCAGGUGCCAAAGCUGACCUCAGAGAUGGUACAGCACAAGCGGGCGGUGCGCCCAGCACGUAACGUCCAGUCAUCCAGGAACCCUCUAAAGAUGCUGGCUGCCAGGGAGGACAUCAGACACGAGUACACGGAGCAGAGGCUCAACAUCGGCCUGCUGGAGAGCAAAAGGAUGAAGGCUGAGAAGAUGAAUAAGAACUCUGGUUUCUCUGAAGUGGCUCUCGCCGGUCUGGCCAGCAAGGAGAACUUCAGCAGUGUCAACCUGCGCAGCGUCAACAUCUCAGAGCAGAUGUCCAACAACAGCGCUGUGCCUUACAAGAAACUAAUGCUGUUGCAGGUCAAAGGCCGCCGGCACAUCCAGACCCGACUGGUGGAGCCGCGAGCAUCCUCCCUGAAUAGCGGCGACUGUUUCCUGCUCAUCACGCCACAACACUGCUUCAUCUGGAUCGGAGAGUUUGCCAAUGUUAUUGAGAAGAGCAAGGUGGGUUACGACUCAGAGCGCUGCAAAGCAGUGAUUACAAAACGGCUUAUUUUCUGGAAGAUCCUGGGGGGGCAGUCGAGUUAUCAGUCUGCAGGAACGCCAGAUGAAGAUGAGCUGUACGAGGGCGCCAUUGUGGAGACCAACUGCAUUUAUCGCCUGAUGGAUGACAAACUGGUCCCAGAUGAUGAUUUUUGGGCCAAGAUGCCUCGCUGUUGUCUGCUCAAUCCUAAGGAAGUUCUGGUUUUUGACUUUGGCAGUGAGAUGUACAUUUGGCACGGGAAGGAAGUGACUUUGGCGCAGAGGAAGGUGGCUUUCCAGCUGGCGAAGCACUUGUGGAAUGGCACCUUUGAUUAUACAAACUGUGACAUCAACCCACUGGACCCAGGAGAGUGUAACCCACUCAUACCCAAAAAAGGCCAGGGUCGCCCUGACUGGGCAGUGUUUGGCAGACUGACUCAACACAAUGAGACCACCCUGUUCAAAGAAAAGUUCCUGGACUGGAGCGACUCCAGGAAAACUCCCAGUCCUACAAAAAACAGCAGCGAUCACAGUACUGAUCAAAAGGAGCAGCCCACCCGUGAUCAGCCCAGUGCGUGCAAUACCUCACUGAUGCUGACCCUCCAUCAGACACCCGUCUGCACCAUUCUGGAUGGCUUCAAUGUGGGCCGGGGCUACGGCCUGGUGGAGGCAGAGGAGUGGCGCAGCUACGAGAUCAGCACUCUGGCAGUGGAGGUCUGGCACAUCCUGGAGUUCGACUACAGCCGCCUGCCGCGCCAGAGCAUUGGCCAGUUCCACGAGGGUGACACCUAUGUAGUGAAGUGGAAAUACAUGGUCAGCACUGCUGUUGGGAAGAGACAGAACCCGGAGCAGCUGAAGACGACAGGAGCGGGGAAGGAAAAGUGCUGCUACUUCUUCUGGCAGGGCCGCAACUCCACCGUCAGCGAGAAAGGAACAUCAGCACUCAUGACGGUGGAGCUGGAUGAAGAGCGUGGAGCACAGGUUCAAGUCCAGCAGGGAAAGGAGCCUCCAUGUUUCCUGCAGUGCUUCAAGGGAGGGAUGGUCAUCCACUCAGGAAAGAGGGAAGAGGAGGAGGAAAAUUCGCAGAAUGAUUGGCGUCUGUACUGUGUGCGUGGGGAGGUGGAGGUAGAGGGCCAUCUGCUGGAGGUCGCCUGUCACUGCAGCAGCCUGCGCUCAAGAGUCUCCAUGGUGCUGCUGAGCAUCAGCCAGGCCCUCAUCUACCUGUGGCAUGGCUGCAAGUCUCAGGUGCACACGCGGGAGGUGGCGCGCACUGCUGCCAAUAAGAUCAAAGAACAUUGUCCUUUGGAAGCCGGCCUUCACAGCAGCAGCAAGGUCACCAUCCAGGAAUGUGAUGAGGGAGCAGAGCCCACGGGCUUCUGGGAAGCCCUCGGGAGGCGGGACAGGAAAGCCUACGACUGCAUGCUGCAAGAUCCAGGCAGAUUUAAUUUCACACCUCAUCUGUACCAGCUGAGCAGCAGUUCAGGAGAGUUUGCAGCUGUGGAAUUUCUCUAUCCCGCCAGAGAUCCCAAGCAGGUCAACUCCAUGCCCUUCCUACAGGAGGACCUGUAUGCAGCUUCCCAACCAGCCCUGUUCCUGGUGGACAACCACCAUGAGGUGUACCUGUGGCAGGGCUGGUGGCCUCAGGACAGUGAAAGCACUGGCUCGGCCCGAAUCCGCUGGGACUCGGACAGAAAGUGUGCCAUGGAGACGGUUCUGCAGUACUGCAGAGAAAAGAAUGAGAAGAAGCCUCCCAAAGCAUAUUUGAUCCACGCUGGUCUGGAGCCACUCACCUUCACAAACAUGUUCCCCAGCUGGGAGCACAGAGAGGACAUCGCUGAGAUCACUGAGAGGGAGGCAGAAAUUUAUCAUCAGAUUAUUCUGGUGGAGGAUGUGUUGGCCCGGCUCUGUAAGACCACAUAUCCGCUGGUCGAUCUCCUAGCUCGGCCGCUGCCUGAGGGAGUGGAUCCCCUCCGCCUGGAGGUCUACUUGUCUGAUGAGGACUUCCAGAGAGCCCUGGAGAUGAGCAAAGAGGAGUUCGGCGCUCUGCCCGGCUGGAAGCAGAUGAACUUGAAGAAAGCCAAAGGACUUUUCUGAAUGAUGAAAAACUGGGCGCUGCUGAUGUCAUCUGAAAACUCAGACUCCAAGGGUGGGGCUGCCUGGAUGUGUGGGGAAAAGAUACUCCAGUGUUUUGGUUGUAGGAGAGGAUUGUGAGUGGAUGCAUGUUUUAAUGGCAGUCAUGUAAAUUCCCACUCUGUUAAUGUAUGUACUUGUGUACUUUGAGCAGGAGCACCUUACACUGUCAGCCUUGCAGCCAUGUUGGUGUCGGCAGGUCUGUCAGCCUGCUGAACUCCCUCCACAUGAUACUCUCUGCUAUGUAUGUUUGUGCAUUAAAAAUAAAUUAUAUUUAUAUUACAUCCAUGUAGAAUGUUUUUAAAAAAAAAGAAAAAUCUCAACAGAUAUUGAAACCCUAACAAAAUAAAGUGUAUAAUAAAUGUUGCAGAGGUUUGUGUCUCAUGUUCCAGCUGUACAGAUCACCAUUUGCUGUUUACUGAUCAAAUGAAGCUCUUGAUAUGAAUGACGGUGUCAUUACUGAGGGACAGAUACAGACCUGAUUAAAGGCAAACAAAGAAUGAUGAUGAAAUGUUUGAUUUUUAAUUCUUUCAGUGUAUAGUGCCUUGCUUUGUGUACAGUUUAUAUACAGAUCCUAGUCUGCAUUUUGGAGACUGUUUUGUGAUAUAAAGAUGUAUUCUAGAAAUAAACCUGGAAAGUUUGAUAUCUGAA